GUCCGGCGCGCUGCGGGCGGGUGUCGGGUCCGGGGCGGAGCGGGUCCGGUCCGGUCCGGCCGGGCCGGCGCUGGGGGGAACGGAGCCGCGGGGGCUCAGCAGGGCCGCUGCCAUGCCCGGCAUCGAUAAACUGCCAAUCGAGGAGACGCUGGAGGACAGCCCGCAGACCCGCUCUUUGCUGGGAGUAUUUGAAGAAGAUGCUGCUGCAAUAUCCAGUUACAUCAAUCGGUUGUUUCAAGCCAUGCACAGAAUAUAUGAUGCUCAGAAUGAAUUAAGUGCAGCAACUCAUCUGACAUCAAAGCUUCUGAAGGAAUAUGAGAAACAGCGUUUUCCACUGGGGGGAGAUGAUGAAGUCAUGACUUCCACUCUACAGCAAUUUGCAAAAGUGAUUGAUGAGCUCAGCUCUUGCCAUGCAGUACUUUCAACUCAGCUUGCAGAUGCAAUGAUGUUUCCUAUUACCCAGUUUAAAGAAAGGGAUCUAAAAGAGAUAUUAACUCUAAAAGAAGUUUUCCAAAUUGCAAGCAAUGACCAUGAUGCUGCCAUUGCCAGAUACAGUCGAUUGUCAAAAAGAAAGGAAAAUGAAAAGAUCAAGGCCGAAGUUACAGAAGAUGUAUAUACUUCAAGGAAGAAACAGCAUCAGACUAUGAUGCAUUAUUUCUGUGCAUUAAAUACUCUCCAGUACAAAAAGAAAAUUUCUCUGCUAGAACCGUUGCUAGGAUACAUGCAAGCUCAGAUAAGCUUUUUUAAAAUGGGUUCAGAAAAUCUUAAUGAGCAACUGGAAGAAUUUUUGACCAAUAUUGGAACAAGUGUACAGAAUGUUCGCAGGGAAAUGGAUUGUGAAGUAGAAAACAUGCAACAAACUAUAGAGGACUUGGAAGUAGCCAGUGAUCCACUGUAUUUGCCUGAUCCUGAUCCUAUAAAAUUUCCUGCUCAUAGGAAUCUAACACGGAAAGCUGGCUAUCUCAAUACAAGAAAUAAGACAGGGCUGGUGUCUUCCAGUUGGGAGAGGCAGUUUUACUUCACUCAAGGUGGAAAUUUGAUGAGCCAGGCAAGAGGUGAUGUGGCUGGAGGACUUGUCAUGGACAUAGACAAUUGCUCUGUGAUGGCUGUGGACUGUGAGGACAGACGGUACUGUUUUCAGAUAACAUCUUUUGAUGGCAAAAAGUCUUCAAUCUUACAGGCAGAAAGUAAAAAAGAUUAUGAAGAGUGGAUAUGCACCAUAAACAACAUAUCUAAGCAGAUAUAUCUAAGUGAAAACCCUGAGGAAAUUGCUGCCCGUGUGAACCAGUCAGCUCUGGAGGCUGUCACUCCUUCUCCUUCUUUUCAGCAGAGGCACGAGAGCAUGAGGCCAGCUGUGCUAUCUCGUCCUCCUGCAGUUCGUACCAGCAGCACAGGGUCACUGGGAUCUGACUCAGCAGCUCUCUCAGCACUUUCCUUGGAUUCCCUUGUUGCCCCUGACACUCCGAUCCAAUUUGACAUAAUAUCUCCAAUCAGUGAAGAUCUGCCUGGUCAAGCAAAGUCAUCAGGGCAGUCGGGCAGACGCACAAACCCGUUCGGUGAAUCUGGAGGCUCGAAACCUGAAACAGAAGAUUCAAUUCUUCAUCAGUUAUUUAUUGUAAGAUUUCUUGGCUCUAUGGAAGUGAAGGCUGAUGAAAGCCCAGAUGUUGUUUAUGAAACAAUGCGUCAAAUACUUGCAGCUCGCGCCAUCCAUAACAUUUUCAGGAUGACAGAAUCACACUUGUUAGUCACUUGUGACUGUUUAAAGUUAAUUGAUCCACAGACACAAGUUACAAGACUACAAUUUCCUUUGCCCAAUGUAGUGCUGUAUGCUACACACCAGGAGAAUAAGCGCCUGUUUGGAUUUGUGCUUCGAACCUCAGGAGGGAGAGUGGAAAGCCGACAGACUUCCAUCUGCUAUAUAUUUGAAUCAAAUAAUGAAGGGGAAAAGAUUUGUGACUCUGUUGGACUGGCGAAACAGAUAGCUUUUCAUGCAGAACUGGAUCGAAAAGCCUCAGAAAAGCAGAAAGAAAUAGAUAGAGUCAAAGAGAAACAGCAAAAGGAACUGAAUAAACAAAAGCAGAUUGAGAAGGACUUGGAGGAGCAGAGCCGGUUGAUAGCAGCUUCCAGCAGAUCCAACCAGAGCAGCACAGAAGGACAGUUUGUAGUUGUUAGUAGCCAGUCAGAAGACAGUGAUUUAGGAGAAGAUGGAAAGAAGAAGAGAGAAUCUGAAGCCUAAGCUUGCCUGUUUCAUUAAAAUUGGAAUAAUGAAUAUAUCUGGUGAAAUGGCACAACUUCUACAAGAGAUGCAAUGUAGGUGGAGGGUCUGUCGUGUUAUAGAGAAGACUUCACAAUAUAUAGACCCUAUUACGCCUUGAUUUUUCUUUCUCAGUUAAGUGAUUUCCAUUUCCUGUCAGUGUAAUUUCUCUUGUACGCCAGAUGAAGCACAGUAAUGCUGCCAUGUUUAUUACAAACGUAUGUUUUCUCAAGGCUUCUCUGCAGUAUGGGGAAAAAAUGGGAGGGAUUUCUGCACUUACCUCUGUGCAAUUGACUGCUUUGGAAGCAAAACUGAAAAUUCAUUGGCCUUCAGCAGUAACACUGAAAUUUGUUCUUUACACUACAGUAUGGAGAACACCUUGCUGGAACUGAAAGUGAAUGUCCAAAUAAGACAGUGCUAAGCUUUACCCAGUUUGUUACACAUACCUGUUCUUAGAUUUAGAAAGAAGGAUCCCUGCACAUCAGUGUUAACUGCACAUCAGUGAAAUGUGCAAUAGUUCCAAACAAAAGAAUUUUUUUUGUUUCGUUUUUCAUGAUAUGGUACUGUCUUUAUUUUUUUUUUUGGUGAAUACAACACCAAAAAACUUCUUUCAACAGGGGAAAAAGAUACUGUUAGACCUAGAUAAGAGCUGAUGAGAUGCAGUUGAACUUUGCUGCAUGAGGAAAAGCAUUCCUCAUCAAAUUAUAAGAGCAAUGUAUAUAGCCUUGUAGCACAAGUGCCAUGUUCUUGGUUUUUCCCCAGUACUUAGAAUAGAAAGCUUUAAACCUUUGAGUUCAUUUUUAUAAAACAUGCUUAGAGUUGCAGGAACAUCUUGAAUUCCAUCAUAUGAAAAAUCUUCUGCAUAUGUAAAUGCCUUGCUGCUAGCAUACUACAUCUACUGAAACUGAGUUGAGGCUCAUUAGCCUUCUUAUGAUUUUGUGAACAGAAUUUGCCAGUUCCGAAGUAACACAGAUGACACUAAUCCUACAUCCUAGAGUAAGUUCUGGAAAGCAUUUUUCAAAGUGGUGUCUGUUUACAGCUUGUAAUCUGCGCUCUGUAUUCCAUACCCUGUGUAAUAUUUAUUUUGUAUAGUAUUAGAUGUGCAUUCACCUUUUGAUCCAGAAGAGAAAUCUUGUUUGAAGAGAAAUAUUUAUUUUUGCACUAAUUACUAUAAAUAUUAAAACCCAGAGGAACAGAAGAUAGCUCUCUAAUAGUGGCAAAUAACAGAAUAUGUAGAGAGAAAAUAAUAUACUUAUAUUCCAAGUUAUAAUAUAACAGUUAUGAGUGAUUUACAGUUUAUUGCAGGGCAUUUCUGGUGUUCAGGAAUGGAAGCAAUUUUCAGAGUUAUCUCCUCAGCAGCUGGUGGUGGCCCCACCCUUCCUAGCUGGAGUUGCUCAGUGCUGAUAAAGUAAGUGAGGAAUCUCGGGUUGUGUCUGCUGGAUGGCUGUAGGUGCGCAGAUGGCUCUUCUAACUCAUGAGUGUGCCCUGCAUUGGCCAGAGCUGGCAGCCUCCUCCUGCCCUUGGUGGUGGAGACAAGACUUUGUGUGCAGGAGUUGGUGGCCUCAGCUGCUGUGACAGGAGAGCAGGGCAGCAGUGCCUGGCCUUGCAGCCCUGGGUAGGAGAAGACGUAGCUGUAGCAAUAGAAGCUCUGGGCAGGGGCUUGAGCAGCCACCAAAGAGCUGUGCCUUGAAAAAGGAGGUGGGGAGGCUGAGGAACGGAGAGCUGCCAGGUUCUCUUCCUGCGUUAGUUACCAGGUCCUGUUCCAGUGCAUUUUUCAUCCCCAGAGUAGCCAGUCACUUACAGAAAUAUCUGCUUUUGCUGUUGCCCAGGUAGGUCACAUAGUAUUGCCCUGUGGCUGGAUUUGGCUGGCACAGUGCCACAUGGACCACGCCAACCUGAGGCUUCUUUUAAAAGACAGUGGCAUUUUUAUUUCAUAUCUAGGCUUCCAUUCUUAGCUCCCAUUUUUAAGAGGCUAUUUUUAUUCUUGCCAACAAAAAUGUACAGAGAGUCACCAGAUGCAAUUUUUUCCCUUUUUGUGCUUAAAUCAAGGCUUACAGAGAGCGGCAAGGCAGUUUGUGUCUGCACAUUAUUCCAGUUCAUGUUUGUUUGUUCUUAUUUACUGAUACUUGUUUUCUAUCAAAUAAUAUCACAGGGUAGCUCAAGGUUACUGUGUCUUACCUAUAUCUUUCUCAAGUAUUUACUGAGGAUGAAACAGUUUGGAAAUAGCACAGGGAGCUAUGAAAUCAGUGAUCUCCAGUGUCAAGAAUCCAGUCCUUAUCUUGUCAGAGAAGGACUGAUUGAGUUAAGCACUGGAGCUGCAGGCUCUAGAGGGAUGACAAAUAACAGACAAGCACUCUCAUGAAAAAGCAUUUCUGACAUGCAGCCUGUUUUGCAUUAGCCUUAUUGAAGAAAUGUCAGAAAAUGGAAUUACUGUAUUUUUCUCAAAAACUACCAUUACUCAUAUAGAUAUAAAUCUGCAAAAAUGAGGAAGAAAGCUAAUAAAGUUGGCAGGUGAAUUUACUGUAAAAUGGGAUUUUUUGGAUUUAGCAGUAAAUAUUGGAAUUAUUCCAUUUGCUUUUCUGGCUUUCCAUAUAUGCCAUUAAAUGUAGCUUUCCAAAACAGAGUAGGAAUGAAGAAUAUUUUACUUACAUUGGAUGAUUCUCAUCUUAACCACUAAAAGAUUAAUAUGCAUGAAUGAAAUGUAGGGGUUGUUUGUUUGCUUAUUUAGGGGAGUUUCACUGGUGUAAAAUGAUAAGAAGGUAUAAAAGCAUCUGGGAUAAAGAUUGAAGUUGCAAAAGCAAAGGGCAUGUCAGAAGAGCUGGGGAAGUCAGACAGGAAUGGUGAUUGAGUUAGUAGUGGGGUGAGAAUUACUGAGCUUUUCCUAGGGAGGAUCACACAGGUUGUAAUUAGAACUAUCUCAAGGCAAAAACAGCUGCUGAGGUUUUAUCCAUGCCCUUCUUCCCAAAAGGAAAAGCUUUGGUACCUUUUUUCCUAUAAGGUUUAGGUUUCCUACUUCAUUAGAAAACAGCUUUGCUGAAAAAAAAAUCAGAAUGAUGCUUGGUAUUUUCCUUGAGAGUAUAUAACUUUUAGUGGGAACACCUCACGGUCUGCUGGGAAUUGCUGUGGUAGAAUUUCACCACCAGAGUAUUUUAUUAUUAUAACUAAACUACUAGAUUAUUUCCUUUCCUAGUUUAUGGGAGAUUAAAUAAACUCCUAUUUAUUAUUUCCUAUUGUCUUUUACUCACAAACUGAUCUUUCAAGCACUUUCAGCUGAAGCUGUAGUUUUCUUCAUGUGCCUCUAUUACUACUUUGGACACUCCUGAAAAUAUUCUUUAUAGUCCAUCAUUUUGAAAUUACUUCAUGUAGGUACUGAAUUGGCAGUGUUGUUCAGGACUAAAUUAUUAUGUCGCUAAUUGCAGCUUCGUAAUUGCUGCCAAACUUUUAUCCCUUAAGUAAGAGGAUAUGAAGCUUGUUAUACUGUGUAGAUUUACACACUGCAGACCAAGCCAGUCUUGCUGUCAGCUGUUUCAAGCUACAUAUCUUCUUUAUGUAUGUAAUGGUCAUGAAUAUACAAAUAUAUCAGGUGUGCUUAUGGGUAUGCAUUUUAUUGCAUUACACAUCAUAGCUGGCACUCCUCUGUGGCCACUGCUAGAUUUGGCUAAGUCUGAACCAGAGGACAAGGUCAAAGUCAUGAACUACUUAAACAUAUCUAACUGGAUAUGAUCAGGUAGUGGAAAGUCAGUUGCAUGUCAUAGUCUUACUUCCUUAAUCUGUUUGAGUUUGAAAUUGUAUCAAGACAAUUUACUGUCUUACAGUAAAGUAAUAUCUCAGAGUUAAGAAACAUUCCUGUUGGGCUGUCAGAUUUCCUCUGUAUAUGGAUGUAUAACUAGAGGUGAAAAUUGUGAAACAGCUGAAGCUAUUUAUGAAGCUGUAAUUGAUGGAUAUAAGGAAAUAAAUUUGUCCAUUUAAGGUAAAUUCUGUCUAUGCUUAAGGAAAGUUCUGAUUGAUUAGUUGCACAGCAUUUGGGACAAGCCAGUGGUGAAAACUAUGCUACAAUAUUCUCCUGUUAUUAGUAAACAGGUCACCUAUGGAAAGAAAACUGCCAUUGCUUAAUGAAUUUAGUAGAGAUAUUAUCUAGUGUAACAGCAAAAGCUGAUACUUUAUAUUCUUUCUUUUGCUCUAUAUUACAAAAAUUCUUGCAAGUUAAUUAGUCCCCAUGGCUUUUUGUUUUAAUUAAGCUCACUUUUUUUCCCUGCCACAGUAGUAUCUAAGUUGUCAUGACAAGAGUAAGUCAGUGUAUUUUUGUGAAUGCACUUGUAUUCCUAAUGAAGUUUAUAUUGCAAGCCAAGGAUUUUGUACAAUCUUUCUGGUCAUUUUUAUAAUAGAGUGGAGUGGUCAAAUUCUUAUGACAGUGUUCUGGAUUGGUCCUGUUCUGGUGAAGUGUAAGUGAUUUUUGCAGUGUUUGAGACUGACUUGCACAUUUUCCCUGAAUAGCUGUAUUAAGAACAACCAAUGGCAUAUUUAUGUCAGCUCUGAUUGUUGUGUCUUAAUCUUGGAAGCAUGGAUAGUAACCCUAUCGUGCCAGGGCUCCAGUCAGUAUUUUA